AUUCUGUGAAUUUUUUCUGUAACUUUAUAAUCUUUCGUCGAUUAACAUAAUAAUUGGCAUUUGGCACUUUUCGCCGACGCCAGUCGCAUAGAAAUAUUGAAUGAUAAAACCAGGCCUCCGUUAACGAAUCUAUAUUGUAUUUUAGUGUUUGGGUUUGUCGUUCCGGUAACAUUUUACUAUGUCAUCAUCGAAGUGAAUUCAAGUUUAGUCGCAGUCGGUGUUUUGUAAAAUAGGUACUUAACAGUAUCGAAAAUACAACAAGUUCGUGCCGCUGUAAUAGCAUUUUUUACACAUUACAUAAUCAUUAACUAUGGCUGAACCAGAUGAAAAUCCUUUCGGUGAUCCCACCCCAUCCGUGGGUCAUCCUUUUCAGGAUCCUUCAGUCAAAGAACUAACAAAUAAUAAAGUACAGUCUUUAAUCGAAGACUUCAAUCCAUUCGGAAAGGAUCAAAAUGUUGUUAACAAUGCGAAACCUCCUGUAAGGGGAGCAGCCAAUCCACCACUUAAUUCUAUGCCAGCUGUUAUGUCACCUACGCAAGAAUAUCCAGUUACUCCACAAGUUGCUCCUACUUAUGGAAGAAAUCCAGGCGAUGUCUCAGCUGAUUUAUUGGCUAGAAAAGCUGAACUUGAUCGAAGACAAGCUGAAUUAGAUAAAAGAGAAGAGGAACUGCGUACGGCUUCAAUAAAUGUUCGUCAAAACAAUUGGCCGCCAUUACCUAAAGGGUUUUGCUAUCAACCAUGUUUUUAUUUGGAUAUAAGUGUAGAAAUUCCUCCAGAUUUUCAACAUGUUGUCAGGCAACUAUAUUAUUUAUGGUUAUAUCAUACUGGUUUGCUCGCAUGCAAUAUAUUGAUUGGUAUCUUAUUACUCUUCUUAACUGGAGCGAUAGCUACAUUUAUUUUUUCAAUUGUGUACGCCGGAAUUUUAGUACCACUUUCAUUUUUAUUUUGGUUCCGUCCAGGAUAUAAAGCUUUUCGUGAUGACAGUUCUUUCAACUUCAUGCUUUACUUCUUUGUGUUCUGUAUCCAGUUUGUAAUAGCAAUUGUUCAGGCAUUGGGUACAUACGAAUCGGGUUAUUGUGGAUUAUUUAUGGCCGUCAGACUUUAUGAGAACUCUCAUCCAUUUUUAGGCACUCUGGUGACAUUAAUGGGAAUUGCUUUUUCUCUUGGUGCAACUAUGGACUUCCUUUUGUUGACCAAAAUCCAUAGAAUUUAUCGAAGCUCUGGUGCCAGUUUUGCUAAAGCACAAGAAGAAUUCCGCUCUGGUGUCAUUUCUAGUGGCGCAGUCUCCAAUGUCAUAGCAUCAAACAUCAGAUUUUAAACUAACAAAUCAUGCAUUCUCAAUAUAUAUUCUAUUUAACACUUAAUAAUAUUACUUCAGAAUAAACAUUGUUAUAUUGUGAUCGAUAAUGUAUAUAAUUCAGCUGAAAACAACAUUUAAUCUUUCGCAUAUUUUAGCUAAUAGUCAUAACUCAAAUAUUUUCAAGCAGAAAUGAUAACAAUGUCAUUAUAAUGAGUCAUUUUUGUUUUGAGUUUUAUUAAUUAUUAGGACUUCUUAAAUAUAUCAAAUUAUUUUGUCCUAAAAAUUAUAUAUUAGUAGGAUUUUAUGUAUCCUAUUAAUUAUCAUUUUUUUUUUCUAUCGAGUUAUGUAAACAUAUAUUUUAUGAUAAUUUAUUAUGGUUUUAUUGUUUUAUAUACAAUUUUUACAUCAUUAGAAGUUUGUUUGUUAAUAUAAUAUAUUAUUCAUUCCUACGUUUAAACUAUAAAAAAAUGAUGUACAAAGUUUUGUUUAACUUGGAUUUCCUUAAUAUAAUUUUAUUCGCCAUUAGAUGUGCACGAAUCAAAUAAUUAAAAAAAAUAUAUAUAUAUUAUAUUGGAA